AUGAGUCAACGACAGGUUUUACAAGUGUUUGAGCAGUAUCAGAAAUCAAGGACACAGUUUGUGCAGACUAUUGCUGAGCUUGCAACAAGACCACAAAACAUUGAAACUUUACAAAAUGCUGGUGUGAUGUCCCUGCUGAGGCCUUUACUGCUAGACGUGGUUCCUACCAUCCAGCAGACAACUGCUCUGGCUCUGGGACGGCUGGCCAACUACAAUGACGACCUGGCAGAGGCCGUCGUCAAGGGAGACAUCCUCCCACAGCUCGUCUACUCCCUGACCGAGCAGAACAGGUUCUAUAAGAAGGCAGCAGCGUUUGUCCUGCGUGCGGUGGCCAAGCACAGCCCUGCUCUGGCCCAGGCCGUGGUGGACUGUGGAGCGCUGGACGCUCUGGUCAUCUCUCUGGAAGAGUUUGACCCUGGGGUUAAGGAGGCUGCUGCUUGGGCUUUGGGAUACAUUGCACGCCACAAUGCACACCUGUCUCAGGCGGUAGUGGAUGCGGGGGCCGUUCCUCUGCUGGUGCUGUGUAUCCAGGAACCAGAGGUGGCCCUGAAACGCAUCGCUGCCUCGGCCCUUAGCGACAUCGCCAAGCACUCCCCUGAGCUAGCUCAGACUGUGGUCGACACCGGCGCCAUCGCACACCUGGCCCAGAUGAUCCUCAACCCUGAUGCCAAACUGAAGAGGCAGGUGUUCUCUGCCCUGAGUCAGAUCAGUAAGCACUCUGUGGACCUGGCUGAGAUGGUGGUGGAAGCAGAGAUCUUCCCUGCUGUCCUGGCCUGCCUCCGAGACCCAGAUGAGUACGUCAGGAAGAAUGUUACCACACUGAUGAGAGAGAUCACCAAACACACACCUGAGCUGUCUCUGAUGAUCGUGAACGCGGGUGGUGUGGCGGCGGUAAUUGACUACCUGGGUGAUAGCCGUGGUAACGUGCGGUUACCUGGGAUCAUGAUGCUUGGAUAUGUGGCCGCUCACUCUGAAAACCUUGCCAUGGCCGUCAUCGUGUCUAAGGGGGUGCCCCAGCUGGCCAUCUGUCUGUCUGAGGAGCCAGAGGAGCACAUCAAAGCGGCCACAGCGUGGGCGUUUGGCCAGAUCGGCCGCCACACCCCGGAGCACGCUAGGGCCGUGUCCACAGCUAACGUCCUGCCCAAGCUGCUGGCCCUCUACAUGGACACGGACAGCUCAGAGGACCUGCAGGUCAAGGCUAAGAAGGCUCUGAAGAGCAUCCUACAGAAGUGCACCUACCUGCCUGCUCUGGAGCCCCUGCUCUACGAAGCUCCCAGCAACAUCCUGAAACAUGUCGUCUGCCAGUUCAGCAAGGUGCUGCCCCAUGACAGCAAGGCUCGUCGUCUGUUUGUAACCAGCGGAGGCCUGAAGAAGGUUCAGGAAAUUAAGGCUGAUCCUGGAUCUGCCCUGCAGGAGUACAUCAACUCUAUCAACAACUGUUACCCUGAGGAGAUAGUCAGGUACUACUCCCCUGGCUACUCAGAGACUCUGCUGGCGCGGGUAGAGAAGUACCAGCCUGUCUGA